UCGUCAUUCUUAUCCUCAAUCUCCAGACCUCGUCAAACGCUUUUCCCCCAUUUUCUUGCAGCAGCGAUGGAUGUAAUGUUUGCUCAUCAGCAGUCGAGCUUGAAUCCGAACGCCCCGAUGUUCGUCCCCAUGGCUUACCAGGCGGUGGAGGACUUCUCCGAUCAGUGGUGGUCGCUCAUCCAAUCCUCCACCUGGUUCCGCGACUACUGGCUCCAGGAGCGCUACCAGGAUCCCCAAUCCGACUUCUUCCUCCCCGACGACCUCGAUUUCCUCGACGACGGCGCCGAUUUCCUCCGCUUCUCCGGCGGCAAAGAUGAGGAGAAGGAGGAGGAAUUGGGGAUGAAAUGGGACAUGGUGUCGGUGGGAUCGACGAAAUGGAGGAAGAAUGAUCUGAAUCGGUCGCCGAGGUAUGCAGAGAAGGCGGCGAAGAUUGUGAAUGUGAAGAUGAGUCCGAGGACGAUUCAGCAGCCGAGGUAGAUUGUUGGUGAUGAGUCAGGAAGUGAAUGGAGAGUUUGGGGGGAUUUUCUUUUUAUGUAGUGUUAUUGUACAUAGUGCAGAAGAGUGUUUGGCUUUGAUGAUGGUCAGGAUCGUCAUCUUGUUCAUGAUUUCCUUUCUGGGUUUAGGUUUAUUACCCAAGUUUCAGUUUAGCUUCAGUUUCAGUUCCCCCCAAAAGCUAAUGUAGAAAAAAAGUACAAAAAAGGCAGAAAAUCUAUGAAAGAACAGAUCUUUGUUACUACCUUUUCUGUAAAUCUCACUCUUCAUUCAUCUGCUACUUUAUUCAUUCAGUACAAAAUCGAAGUGGGGUGAUAGAACGGCAAUCAUUAUCAGGGCUACUGAGAAUUGGGUGGUGUUCAGAUUGCAGGGUUCUUAGAGAGUUAGAACUGCUGCUGGAGCUGGCGUUCUUCAUCGUCCCAGUUGGUGGCGGUCUUGCCAAUCUUGUGGAUAACUCUGAUGACUUGUACAGUGGUGACGUUUCCGGUCACGGUGACCUUGUUCAGCUGUGUAUCCACAUUGUAUGUCUCAAUAUCUUGUAUCUUCUUGAUGGCCUUGAGGAUCUUCUUGAUGCAUUCGUCACAGUGCAGACCCACUUUCAGUUCCACCAACUUCAUUUCAGUUCAUCACCAAACCCAUUUAAGGAAAGAAAAGAACAUCAGACAGUUGGGGGAAAUCAAGAGCAGGUGGGAAAUGAUCAUCGAAGGCGCAAAACUUGCUUACAUUAGACAUUCGUCGAAUUUCUUUAUCAGAAGGAUCCUGACUUGAGAUCAGCGGGAAGUGGGAAAAGAAGAGGUAAGGGAGAAGAGAUGGUGAAUGUAAUGUAAGAGGUAGAAGAAGGAAGAGGGAAGAAGAAUAUAAAUACUGGGGAAAGGUGGUGACUGGUGAGUGCCCUGAGUGGCAAGGCAGUCAGCUCCGGCCACUUUAUUCCAUGAAAACAGGGGCCGUUGCUUUUACCAGUAAAGCUGCCUUAUUCCCACGGCAUUGCCAAAAUAGACCACAAUUUGCUUGUGGAUUGUGGUCUCCUGCUGCUGCUGCUGCUGAUAUUCGAUAGCUACAAGCAUUUUCUU